GCAGCAGCAGAGGCAGCAGGCAGAGCGACACCGGCACCCUCCGAAUUGGGACUCUAGCCCUUUAAAUCUGCUCAGUUACCAAAAAACGAAGAGGCUUCAGACCCUGUUAAUUAAAGCUCGCCCUGGCCCAUCGCUCUGAGGAGCUGCUGUGCUCUGCUCCCUCCCGAUGCCCUAGAGAUUCUCCUCAGCUCCCAGCCAUGGAUCCCGGAGCGGCUCCCCCGAGACCAGCAGGAGAGCGUGCGUCUCCGCCGGCGUUCCCUUGAUGGGCUCACAAACCUCUCUGAGAACAUCGCUCUGGACCUCCGAUGCGGCUGCCCGAGCAACCUGGAGAGGGGAAGCCUGAGAAUGAGGAAAAGGGGGGCAGAGGAGCCCCCGGAGGGGGAGAGGAGCCGCCGAGGAGCCAGGCCCCCGACUUCCCCACUUGGGACAAGAUGCCUUUCCACCACGUGACCGCCGGCUUGCUGUACAAGGGGAAUUACCUCAACCGCUCCCUCUCCGCCGGCAGCGACAGCGAGCAGCUCGCCAACAUCUCCGUGGAGGAGCUGGACGAGAUCCGAGAGGCCUUUCGGGUUCUGGACCGCGAUGGGAACGGCUUCAUCUCCAAGCAGGAGCUGGGCAUGGCCAUGCGCUCGCUGGGGUACAUGCCGAGCGAGGUGGAGCUGGCCAUCAUCAUGCAGCGCCUGGACAUGGACGGGGAUGGCCAGGUGGACUUCGAUGAAUUCAUGACAAUUCUUGGCCCCAAACUGGUGUCUUCAGAAGGUCGUGAUGGUUUUCUUGGAAACACAAUAGAUAGCAUAUUCUGGCAGUUCGACAUGCAGAGGAUAACGCUGGAGGAGCUGAAGCUCAUCCUGUACCACGCCUUCCGGGACCACCUGACCAUGAAGGACAUCGAGAACAUCAUCAGCAACGAGGAGGAGAGCCUGCAGGAGACGUCGGAGAGCUGCCAGACGGAGUUUGAGGGAGUGCACUCCCAGAAGCAGAACAGGCAGACGUGCGUCCGCAAGAGCCUCAUCUGCGCCUUCGCCAUGGCCUUCAUCAUCAGCGUCAUGCUGAUCGCCGCCAACCAGAUCCUGCGCAGCGGCAUGGAGUAGCCGCGGCGCCCGGCCCGGCCUGCAUGUGCAUGGCCUGCGCGGACCCGGCUCCUGCGUGCCCAGCGCGGCUCCCAGUGGGACCUGAGGCCGCAGCGCAGCCGGUGUCGCUCACCCGCUCCAUCUCCUUGGCAGGGACACAAAAGGGCUGUCUUACACGCUUUAAGGGUUUCCUUCCCAAUGCAAUAAAAUAGCCAGGAGUUCCAGUGACUGCGCGCACCACCCCUUAGGACUCUGCAGACAGACAGACUUCUCAGCUCGGGGGUUUCCAGUGGCAGCCCCGACAGCCAGGGCGCGGCACCCACGGGCCCCAUUGUUCGAGCCCCACCCCCGGGCCAACGGGAGGCUCCCGGCUGGGGGAACCCUCCGCCCCACGGGGCUGACUUCCGGGACAGGGGGGCUGCCCACCCCACCCUGGCCUGCCUCCUGCACCCCGUGGAGCCCCCCAAAGGCACAAGGGGAAAGCCAUCGACGGGGGUGCAGCGCCUGGCCGUGCGCAGGCCACACCCUCGCCUCCGCGCCCCCUGCCUCUCCUGCAGGACCCCUGCGGGCAGAGGUGGGGAUGCUGGGUUCCCGCCCACACUUAAUUCUGUUCCUGGAGCCUGGCGCACCAGCACCCCGGAGCCUGCAGAGCCCCCGCCCUCCUCCCAGCUGGGCCACCCCUGCUGCCCUCCGCGGACACGGAAGCUGCUCACGGGCAUCUGUCCAGACACGCGGACUGUCGCAUACGUCGGUCUUCCUCUUGGGCGACAUCCGUCUUUCCUGACCACUAACUCCCGCUGCACGCUUGUCCUCCGACUCGCAUCCCCGCUCCUGGGCGGACCGGGUAGCCCGGGGGUGGUGCGGGGCAGGACCGAGACCAGGGGGAGGCAGUGGUGCAGCCCACCCCCCGCCGUCGGGCUCGGAGCCGGAGCCCAUCUCCGGCCCCAAGGCCCCGUAAGUUCAGGUCCGGGAGCCCCUUCCCCGCUUCUCAUCUUCAACUCUGCUUCGUUCGUCUUCCCCGGAGAGAGACAGUCCGCGCUGCACAGACGAACGGUGGAGCGACUAUUUCGCAUGGCCCCUCGCAGCACGCGAUUCCGCAAGUGACUCCUCUUCACAAGGAAACGAAAAGGUGUGAAUCAGCUUAGCCCGCACGACAGGUGACUCACUGCUACCGGUGGCGGCAAACUUCUGGGGACGGGACAGGGUUCCAGGGCACGUGUUCGGGUCCGGCACUGCCCGGCCUCCCCCGGACGCCCGCCAGCCACCGCCGCGGGGUCCAGCGGCACAGCCGGCCGAGCCCGUGGUCUUCCCACGUGAUGUUUCCCUUUGUACUGGCCAAGCUCGGGUCUCCACGUCUGUCACGGGGCUGUCCUGCUCCUCUCGUUCCGCGGCGUCCCGAGGCGACAUGCUCUUCCCGCUGGCUCCUUCCCUCUCCCCCGGAGCUGAGGUGCCAGAGUUGUCCUGGGCUUCGCAGUGCGGUGGGUGUCCCCGAUGCCGUCCCCCGGCACCCUCUCUCAGCUUUCUCCCCACUGCCUUCUCCGACUUGUCCUUUUAGGGUCUUUUUAGGGUCUUUUUUGGGUUCACCUCUGCAAGUGCCCCAGGCAGCAGCCGGGGGCAACCGCGGAACCCCCCGCCAUGGGAGACGGUGGUCCCUCAGUGACGAGCACAAGUCAUACUAGAGUUUGAGCCAUAGUGUGCAGGACGGAGCAGGGGAGAGUCCCCAGAGCUGGGGGGUCGAGGUCCCGCUGGGAAAAUGCCUGGAGUCCCGCCCAGCCAGGCCAAGGAAGGCAGCAGCCUGCCUGUCCCUCUUGCCCGCCCUGCCCUGCCUUGGUGCACACCGCACACCUGCCUCUUCUCUCUCUCCCCCUGCCCGACUGACCGCGGCCCUCAGGGUCGGCGCCCGAACGAAGACGGGUCUGAAUACAGCACUGACACGUAAGACAACUUCUUUAGUUUUGCCCAGAGCAGCUUACCUCCCCGACCCCCCCCCCCAGCUGGACUUGGACGGGAAGGAGCCCGUGGACCGCUAGACCAUGUCCUCCUGGGCCCCAAAGUAGAUGGGAUAGAGGCCCCCGGGCAUGACUCCUAAAGGAACCUGCCCCGCGAGAGGGGAGUGCAGGGCUUCCCCGGAGGUCGGGGGGCGUACAGGAGGUUGGAGCCCGAGGCAGGGGCAGGGGCGAGAAGGAGCUGUGGAGAGGCAGCGGCGACCUGCUCAAGGCCUCGGCGUGCCCUCCCCGGAGAGGACCCCGCCCCCCGCCCCCCAGGGACCAGUAAGCAGCCGGUCCCACACUGCGGGGACAGGAGCAGCACGCAGCCCUCGUGCCGAGAGAGGACAACGCGGAAGCUGUAGCACGAUCUUGGAGGGGCCCCGCCCCGGGGGCCUGACACACGGCACCCGGCAGCCAAAGUGUGGGGGGACAGGCCAGACCCGGUUGCAUUCCUGAGACUUCGGGCGCUAAGAGCUUAUCCCCGUGGCGUGACCCGUGGCUGCUUUGCCUGGACAGUCUGUCAGAGGGGUUGGGAUUCCUCUUAAGGCCUACGAGCUUGACUUCUGGCAGGCUCCGGGGCCCCCGCCCCAUUCUUGCUGUGAGAACGGGUGCCCCCCCAGACCACGCAGGUGGUGACCGGGGAGGCAUUUUGCUAGGGGGACAAGGCACACACGUAGGCCCUGACCCACCAGAAGCGGUCUGCUGUCACCCCAGACACACACAGAGCCCUAAACAGGACCCAGCAUGGGAACUAUUAGAAGUGGCUUCCAGAAUGUGUGUGGGUCCCAUGUGACCCAUCUGGAGAAGGAAAGGGGGUGGGGACCACGUUGCCAUGGCAGCCCUUGCACUGCUGCCGAGUUCGCCAAGGCAAAGCAGGGAACGUUUCCUUAAGGAGCACGGGCUCUGCCUGGUUGCAGCCGGAGUCCGCGCGUCCACGUCCCCCGGGGCAGUAAACUACGCUCUCGAAGUCGGCCGGUUCCUCUGCCUUUCCUGGCGUUGCGAAGCCGCCCUGCCGUUGCUCGGGAGAACGGAGCUCCCUGAGAGCCGGUGGCUUCCGCCCCGCCUCCCACCCCCCUUCCCAGGGAGCAGGGACCCCUUCAUCUGGGCAAAAAGGCAGAAAUGUCAUUUGGAAGGCAGAAAAUAUUUUAAGCUUCAAUCUUUAAAAGCAUCUGUUUGCCUGUUUAGACGCUCUCCCACGAGCCAGAAAUGUGAAGUUUUACGUGUGGUCUCAGGCAAGCCCAGAGGCCUCAGAACCUUCUAGGUGUUUGGUCUGCGAGAACGAGAUGUGCACGAGACGGGUUCUGUCCCCACACCCGCUCCUGUCUCCGACUUCACACACGUGGUCUCCUGUGUUUAGCCAGAAGAACCGGGUAAAAGGCGGCAGGCUCGUUCCGACGGCAGUGACCCUCCCAGCCUCCCCUACAGAAUCAGAGAGUGACGGAUCUAAGAAGGCGGGGGGGGGGGGGGGAUUUCUCUUUUCUUCCAAAGGCCUUCUCUAGGCUCAGGUCCAGACUCAGGUGAUAAAUCAGAGAGUUUUGCUCUUAACUCGUAGCCAAUCGCCUCCCCGGGACCGUGACAGAACAGCAACGGUGUGACCGACCGCCAAGCACAGGUCCCGGGUUGGCCGGCCUGGCCACGUGUGGCUGCACGUCCUGAAGCCCCGUCCUGCUGUGCCAUCGCCCUCGACCCCCACGGACGCUGCGGAGCUCUGCCCCCGUCCCCCACGAUGUCCCAAACCAUCCUGGGUUGGUCUCCUGCACCGUCUCCCCGGAAGCCCAUAGCGACAGAACUCACCCCGUCCCGCGGAGACGCAGGGACACCCGGGACCCCGCCGCAAGGAGACACCCAGUUUUCCUAUAGCGCCAUGAAGAUGCAGACGGGCCGAGCCCAGACUUGAGACUCGGCACACAGCGGUCGCGUUCCCAGGACGGCUGUCUGGAGCGCGGCCGUCGGCCUUGACCUGACAUCAGAAGUUCCGCGGCGGCCUCUUCCGUGACUCUCGCAGGGCGGAGGGUCCACACCUCGUGGCCCUGCCGUAGCCAUUUUCACCCCUCAUGCCCCAGCUGUCCCCGAGGGCGGGGGAUCCAUCCGAAACAGAAAAGUGCCAUUAGCCAGCAGGGAAGGUUCCAGCUUGAAUGCCGUCAACCACAGUGACCGGAGGAGGAAUCCCGCGGUCCCUCGUGCCCCGGCCUCUGCGCGAGCCGGAACGGCCGAAGAGUCCAGCUUCCGCUCAUGCUUCCUGGGACUAAGUCACCCGGGACUGUCCCCAGGGGUGUGGCCCUGCCAGAAGUCCUGGGUUUGGGGAGGAACACGGUGAAAUGCACAAACCAGCCGCACAUCUCUCUGUCCCGCGCUCACUGUGAGUGCGUGUGGCCAGGGCGCGCGGCUGUGCUCUCUGCCUCGCACUGGCUCGGGACCCUCCUGACACGGCCUCAAGGGACGUGGUCCCAAAGCUCAGAAGGUCUUCGUGGCAAAAGUAAUUCGAUUCCUUGGGCUUGAAAUAACAGCCACGAAGAACAGGUGUUGCCAGUCCAUGGAAGGCAGUGAGUUUCCCUCUGAAACUGGAAGACGCGCCGCGGCCCCGACGGCGGGUAGCUUGUCGGCUGGACACCCUCGCGAGGCCCCGCCCUCACCCCCUUCUUCCCUGAGCUUGGGGCGCUGGCUGGCAGGACUGGCUCUCACAACGCUAGACGCGACUUCCUCCCAGAGAAGGGCUGUGGAGGCUGGAAUUCCCCAUGGGGUGAAGAACGGGCUAAUUAGGAGGGAAUAUUCCAGCGAAUGGAAAAUUCACGUGUGCUGUUGCUCCCUCCCUGGACCUGUGAAAAGAAACAUGGUGCAGGGCCGCACAGGCUGGCCUCUGGACGCGUUCCCGGCGUGUCUGGCCUACUGUGGUGUCGUACGAGGCACCGAGUGCCACGGGGCUGCUGCCACCAACCCGAUGCUUGUGACACGGCAGGCAAGCGUCGAGAGGAAACCGGCCGGUGACUCACCUUCCCCCGGGGACGCGGACACCUGCUGAGCUCAGAACGCCUCUCCUGGGGUUCCCUCUGGCCGCAGACCUGUUGAAUAAGGCCCGGAGAGCGGAGUUCAGAGCCAGAAGCGCGGGAGCCCCAUCACGUGAGGACGCCACGUGCUUCUGCCCCCGACCAGCCCUGAUGACUCUGAGUGACCUUUGGUCCCCGGCCUCAGGUUUCUGACCUCUAGAGCAAAGGGACACCAGAAGCCCCCCUGCACCGUGAGUCUGUCUGUCUGAAACGAGUCAAACGCUGCCUAGACACGGGAGGGUCCCUCUGCCCCCGGGAGCGGCGCCGGGUCCGGCACUUUCUCUCCCAACGCGGCUCCCCAGAGGCGCUUGUAACCAAGUGUGUCUCUCGGUCUCGUCUGUGGAUGAAACCGUGCGAAUGGGCUCGUGUCCAACGUGCGGCGUCUUGCGAGUGAGGGUUUUCUUUACUCCCCAAGGUCUUGCUGACUCCAGGGAACACCAGAGAGGGGCUUCGCGUCCCCUUGUCAGCCGAUGUGAAAAGGAGGGGGUCGGAGCACUUCUCCGCACAUCCGCGCACAGAGUUCGCGGACAGGGACGGGUGGGGCAGAGCCAGACCCCAGGGAGAGACGGGGCUCUCCGUCGGAGCAAGCCCGCCGGAAGCCACCGAGUGAGGAGUGCGGCCUCCACACCUGCGCCCCUUCCUUCCUUCCUUCCGUUUUCUGGCCGUUCCGUACACGUGGUGUGGUUUAUAGUUACUCGUGACACGGCAGGAGGACAGUCACCGUCUCCUGACUGUCGGGACGAACAUGGGCGCUGGGGGGACACCAGCCACUGCGAGCGUCUUUUGAAGGCUCAGGGGUGCCGAGCCCGGGCCGGGCUUACAUGCGCCCCAGCCCUGAGAGCUGAAGGGCAGGACGAGGGGCUGCUGGACCCAGGAAAGUCCCAAGUCCUUCUGCCCUAUGACGACAGAACAUCUAAGUCUCUGUCCCUUUUCCCCGUCCUAGAGUGGACUAGGGCUUUUGUACAAGCUUGUUUCUCUACAAGCCCUCCUGUUCUCCCCUGGAAAAACCCAGCCUGGUCAGGAAAGGGUCCUCAGCUCCUGGGAGAAAUCUGCACAAGCCAGAGCCUCCCGGCUCCCUCCCAGGAAGAUCAAUGCAUAUUCUUGCUGUCUGACCCAGAAAUCUGGUUUCAGGGGAUCCUUGAAAGGUUUCUUAGUGGGGUUUGAUUUUCCCCCUAAUUCUGAAUCCAGGAAGAAGCUCCUUCAAGGACUAACCAAAGACAAUGCUCUUGGAUGGGAAUCCGAUCCAGAAAGUCUGGUCAGCAGUGGGCUGGCAAACUCUCAUCUGGGGGGGGGGGGGGGCUCGGCGUCAUGAGACUCGGACGUGACUUGUUUCUCGAAGCACAGUAUAGCACAGUUAGCGGCUGGGUGGCGACCGGAGCACCGCUGAGGGCUGCGAGGGCCGGUGCGCCCGGAGCCCGCUGCGCUCGGAUCGAGAACGGGCCACGAAGACGGAAACCCUGGGCCACAGUCUUCCCAUUUACCUCAUUCAUGUUCCUUUUUUCUUUUUCCUUCCGUAUUAGGUGAUGAUUUCUGCUAUUAAGUGGUGAGAGAGUCAGCAGACUAGUCACAAGAAAAUCUUUAUAUAAAAUGUAAAUAUUAAUAUAAAUUAACUUGGCAUGCAACUUACUAACCCAUGAAGUAUAUACUAUCAAUACGUUCUCUCAGUGUAUAAAGGGAAACUGACUGCCAUAUUUACCAGAUGUUUUCUGUAACCAAACUUGUCUGUAAAUAUAUAAUCUGUAUAAAAAGAGUCUAAUUUACCAUUAUUUAUGCAAUAGAAAAAAUAAAAGUUUUUUUUUCUUUUGA